AUGGGGGAAGAGAAGCAGCAGCUACAACAUAACAGAGUCCCCAAAAAAAUCAAUCUUUCGCCUUAUCUUCCUCCCAAACAAAUCUAUCUCUUCUCUUCAGCCGUGCUCUCUCUCCAGAUAUACCAAUCGAUUGAAUUUACCCCACCAAAAUCGAUCAUCGAGACGCUCUCUUCUUAUUCAGCCGUAAAGAAUCCGCGUAAAUUUCAAUUCUUUGCAAUCACAAUGGCAGCUGAUCAGGGGAGAAAGAGGAUGAACAGUGCCAAUGUUAUUGGUUUCAGUUCUAGGGAGCAUUACAGAGCCAAAAGGAAAAAGCUUGAUGGUGCUUCGCGUUCAGGAGAUCACAUCACUCUUGAAUGGGACCAAAGCAGCAGUAAAGUAGUCUCUAAGAAGGAACAAGUUGGUUUAAGUUUGAGGCAUCUUCGUGAGUUUGUUGAUUAUGUUCCUCCUAGGCGGAGUCUCUUGGCUCAAGUAUGUCCCGUCCCUGUCGAGACUUUCCAGCUGGAAAAUCUGUCAGAAGUGCUUUCUAGUGAGGUGUGGCGGAGUUGUCUCUCUGAUGGCGAAAGAAACUAUCUGCAGCAGUUCCUCCCUGAGGGAGUUGAUGUGGAGCAAGUUGUUCAGCAGUUGCUUGAUGGGGAGAAUUUUCAUUUUGGAAAUCCUUUUCUUGAUUGGGGAACAUCUGUCUGCUCUGGAAAAGCUCAUCCAGAUGAGAUUGUUUUUCAGGAGGAAUCUCUGAGGGCUAGUAAAAGGAGAUAUUACGCAGAUCUAGAGAAAUACCAUAAUGAUAUUAUAGAUUAUUUGCAAAUGCUGAAGGAGAAAUGGGAAAGUUGCAAAGAUCCAGAGAAGGAGGCUGUUAAGAAGAUGUGGGGGAGAUCAAGAGAAGGCAAUGCACGAAUAAACGGUAGCUGCCAGGAUUUAACUGCUGCCUCGGAGUCUAGUUCCUGGAAUGAAGAUGAUAAACCAUGCUAUAGUGAUAGGGCUGGAGAGGUUCGGAGAAGGCCUAAGAGUUCUGCUUUAGAGAAAGAAAAAUCUCAAAGUCCCUUGAUUGCCCAAGAGAAUGUUGCAAACGUGGGCAUGAAAGCUAGAAACAAGGAUAAGUUACCAAAACAUAGCAUUCAGCAAACUGAUGGUGCUAAAUACAUGUCCUACCUUAAGAUAAGCAAGAAGCAGUAUCAGAUUGUCACAAGCAUGAAGCAGUCUGGUAAAAGCAUUCAGUCGAAAGCACUUAAUAGAAUCUUGGGGAACAUCAACAAUUUAGAUGUUCAACCUUAUGGAGUGUUUGUGGAAGAAGAAGAGAAGAAACUGAACUCUCACUGGCUGCAACUGGUUAAAGAUCUUCCUGCAUCAUAUGCAAUAUGGAAAAAGCUAAAGUUACAGAAACGAGAUGUAAUCAACUCUUUGGAAAGAGAACUGAAGGACAAACUCAAUCCAUGGGUGGAGGAUAAACAUCAACUGCACCCUGCAGAAGAACCUCUGGUGAAGCAUGAUGUUGAAUUAGACUUGAGGAAUUACGAUGGAGGAAGUUUGGAUCCAAAUCAGAGUGGUGAUUUAGCACCAGACGUUGAAGAUUCGGGAAGUUUGGAUCAAGUUUCUGCCAAGAAUCAAUCCCUUUCAAAGGAGUCAUCAUCUUCCAGUGACCAAAUCACAGAUUCAGGUCGCUGCUUGCAAGUCGGUGAACACUCCUCACAGGUUUCUUCACCAGAUUGUGACAAUAGCAUCAAUAUGGAGGAUUUUGAAGCAAAUGAUUAUUCCAGCUCCAUAAACCGCCAGUCUCUCCCACAGGCUCCAUUUCCUAGUGAGCCCCACGCUUCAGAUCUCGAAGAUACAAACCCUGUAAGCAAAAACUAUGUGCCAGAACUAGAGAACGCUUCAUCAGACGAGAGGAUUCCUAGUACUAGUCCAAGCCAUGGAGAUGAGUUGCAGUAUUGUUCUGGUGGGGAUGUGUGGCAGCCAGUGGGAGCUAGGCAGUCCUACGUUGGUCGCCAAGCUUACACCCCCAGUGGUGGGCUGUCAAUCAUACACCAUCCUGAAGGUGGUGAAGAAGAGAAAAACUAUUUCAUAGGACCGGGCAUGCCUGAAGAAGUUGAUAGAAGGAAGAUGUUGCAGCCGAGAGCAAACAACAGUUUCGGUUCUUUCCCUAACAACGAUCAAAAUGAACUGCUCCAGACUUUGUUUAAAGGCCAAGGCGUGGCAUCUCGUACCUCUGAGCAGCUUCACUCUCUUCUUAAAGUCCCACAUAACGAGGAGCAUAAACAGAUUAUGCCCAUUGGUUUUCAGCAGGAUGGAAGCAACAAUCUGAUGGAGGGCAGUCAAUUCUCUGGUCAGUUCCAGCAUCAGAUGACUGCGCCACAAGCACUGUCUCAGGACCAGCCAAGACAAGUUGACAUCUAUGGCCAAGGAAGCAUGCAAGACAACAUUUACUGCGAUGGACGUGGAUUCUUGAUGCAGCGUCCGGAUUGGAAUCCCAGUGUUGCUCAGAUUGGAGUGACCACACAGACCCCAUUGAACAAUGGCCAUUUGUUUAAUCCAAACUGGCAAUUUAAGAGCAUGUGGGCAAACACAAACGGUGUUGGAUGUGCGAGCCAAAGCAGUCAGACCGGAAACGAGAGAGAUCUGAACCUUCUCAGAGUUGCUACUAACCCUGAGCAGAUGAUACAUAGGGGAAGUAGUUCAGAUCAAAGCUUAUUCUCUGUUCUCUCUCAGUGCAAUCAGUUGCGCCGUUCUAGAUCUGCUUUGGAGCCAGAAAGUUCGAGAGCUCAUGUGGUUGCAUCCGGUAACUAUGAGAUGCUCAUGGGGGGAGGAACAAGUCAGGUAGGCAGCAAUUUAGCUCAGCCUACGAAUCCGCUUGAGUACUUAAGUGGUAGCAACUCGGCAACAUCUUUGAUGCCAGAUGAUGUAGUAUGGAUGAACCAGAGUCGCCAGAACAACUCUGGUCUCCAGGACCCACUUGGGAAGCUGUAUCCAAGGUCAUGGAAUCCGUAA